UAUAAAAUGUGAUAAGGAAAGGAUUUUCUCCUUCAGGAUGUACACACUCAAGGCUGUAUAAAACCAACAACUGAAAGACGAGAUGAAUGCUGUUUUGAGUGUGAAUAGCAGGGGCAAGACAGUGUGAAUAAAACACUUCAGGAUAUUCCUAUAAAGAUUAUGUAGAGCGCCCUGUCGCACGCCCUAUGUGUUCCAAAUCAUGUCCUGGCAGGUUCCAAAACAUACACAGCUACUCUCUCCAAAACACUGUUCACAAUAAAGCAUAAUAUUAUUAACUCAUACUUUUAUCUCUGGAAAAAGUAAGUGAACAUAUUUGUGCACAAGUCUGCAAUCAUGUUUAUAUGUAAUCAUACAUGACUAACGCUUCUUUGUACACGGAAGGUCAACUCCUUGACUUACAGUUCAAGCCCGCAGCCCCAUAGAAGUGCAUUGUACACCUGAUCAGUCACCGUGGGAUAGUUCAUAGUUGCCUUAGACAUGCAUUGUAUCUCAAGUCUAGACAUGUGGAAGUGCUUCUGGUUGUUAUUAGUCUUCUGUCUACAACGGUCUGUCGUGAUGUCCCUUUCCCUAUGCGCGGGUAAUGUCGUACUGGAGUGUGAUGAAACCAGAAACUUCAACACCUUUACCUGUACAGGGUUUACUGCCCAACAGACUGUGUUGUCGAAACUGGUGUACGACAAUCAGAUUAUCGCGCUUGGUAGUUGUCAGCCAUUGACUGGAGGUACAUCAACAUGUAUUCCUGGUGCUCUGUCAAAAGCGUUUCACUUAAGCAGGACAUCUGCAACAGCAAGUUCCAUUUCAGCAUUGUCAGGCACAACUUUAUCUACGUUCUCAGAGAAAGGAUCAUUAACAUGUACUAGUCAGGAAGGAAACGACGAGACUACUUGUCUUUUAGACUACAUAUAUCGGGCCAGUGGAUCCAUGUGUGAAGUAUACUUCAGUACAGUUAGUACAUGGUCAGUCGUUGUUAACUGCAGUAUUAACAAGACAAGGUCUAGAAGACGCAGGUAUUCAUGCCAGCUACGUCAACAUGACCAGAUGUCAGGUACCACUGUCCUGUUACCAGCUGUACAACUGUCAGUCACACAAACAUCACCUGACGGCUAUGUGUCUGGUGUCUGUAACAUCACCUCCUUCUUACCAUCUGAAGGACGGUACACGUACGAGGUCUUCAUCACUCCUGGAAAUGUAAAUGUCUCGGCAAACUUUAUCGGAAGUAACAUCAUACGACGACCAGCCGGUAGUCUGACUCACAACUGUCCUCAGUACGUGACAGGUGCUGACCUCAACUGUCAAUGUGCUGUCAGUGAUUUAGGUUCACCUCCAGGAACAAUGCAGUGGAACAACACAGUGUCCAGCCAACUGUCACUAAAGGGCCUGAGAACAGAGCAGCAUGGAGAGAACUACGUGUGUAGUCUGACAUGGAACAGGACAGUCCAGCAGUCACUGACCUACACACUUAUCAUGACUUAUCCGACGACGUGCGACGAUUUAAUAUCAGCUGAGUUCAGCCGAGGUCAAAGGUCCGGCCUAGGGAUCGGCCUGAGGGGUUGCUUCAGCUAGCUGUCAUUGUUGCAACAUUAGUUCUUGUCUUCUUCUGGCGCACGAAGGAGCAGACUUCAAACAC